CGCACACAUAAACACAAGAACCGCAGCAAACGCCCGACUUAUCCUGCGCCAAGCAGACAUGGCCCGCACCAAGCAGACCGCUCGCAAGUCCACCGGAGGCAAGGCGCCCCGCAAGCAGCUGGCCACCAAGGCCGCUCGUAAGACACCGGCCACCGGCGGUGUGAAGAAGCCUCACCGCUACCGCCCCGGAACCGUGGCGCUGCGCGAGAUUCGCAAGUACCAGAAGUCCACCGAGCUGCUCAUCCGCAAGCUGCCGUUCCAGCGCCUGGUCCGCGAGAUUGCUCAGGACUUCAAGACCGACCUGCGUUUCCAGAGCCAGGCCGUGCUGGCGCUGCAGGAGGCCGCGGAGGCGUACCUGGUCGGCCUGUUCGAGGACACCAACCUGUGCGCCAUCCACGCCAAGCGCGUGACCAUCAUGCCCAAGGACAUCCAGCUGGCCCGCCGCAUCCGUGGCGAGCGCGCCUAAGCAGCGCUGGCGCCGCGGACAGCUGUGGCGCGGCGGGGCGUGUGCUACGUGCUGGGGGUGCCGCGUACCCCAGGCACCUAGCUGCUGCCCUCGCGGCGGCGCUCACGGGCAACCAAAAAGCCUAAAAAAACAAACCCGGUGUUUCUCAACACCACCAUGGCAUGCGGCGGGGAUGCACUGGCUGCGGCGGGGCAGGGGGGGCUUUGUAGUGGGCGUGUGAGUCAGCCCCUGCGCGUUGGUGUUGGCAUCCUGGCGCGUCAAGAGUGUUGGGGCUCAGUUCGGAGAUGUUGGGCCCUGGCAGGCCUGUGGUGUAAUGGGCCGAAGGUUCGUACGUGGCCUGACGACCGCGAGUGCCACGUCGGCAAAGACAGCUGACAUGGCGUAUUGCUGUAUCGCCUGGUGACGCUCAGCCAACAUGGUGUCAGCGAAUCACGCGGGUUAGAAAGCUGUGAAUGUCUGGACGUUAGACGGCUAGCCGUUACGCUAAUGAUAAACAGCAGGCAGGAAAGUGUCCAGAGGUGAACUGAUCACAGCCCUGGUCCGCGAUACCGGUUGGAUUCUUCAGGGGGAGCAAGGUGGAGGGGCUAGCGUGUGGGGCUAGGGCAUGGGCUAGGGAUGGUUGUUGUUGGGCUAGGGGAUGCUUGUUAGUGGACGUUGCAAGGUCGCAAGGAUUCUAUCGUAACGCCAGCACACGAGUAGCACGCCCACAUGCACAACGUCGCGUUUUGCUGUGGCCAUGCCGCACACGGCCUGCAAGGUGUGUGGCGCAGCCGCUGGUCGGGUUCGUGCCGAACCCCACAGGUGUCGAUGGCCAAUCGCUUUUGCUUGAUGUAUUGUCACGAAUACCUCGAGAG